GCCGCCAUUACUUGGUGUGUGUGUGUGUGUGAGCGCGGUGGCCAGGUCCCGGGUCUGACACCGAGGUGUGCUCGGUGUCGGCAAGCGAGGUGAGCGGUAGCUGCACGGAAACGAAGAACGGCAGGGCUUGGCUCGGAGUACGGCGUCACGACAAGGGCCCAGACAAGCGGUCGCCGGGGCUGCAAGCUGCCCGCGGCAGAGGGGGAGGCGGCGAGGCCUGGCGAGCACGGGCAGCUGGUUCAACAAUGGCUUCCGUAACUUCGAAUGUGGAUUCGAAAGCAGAACUCACUUCAUUACUGGAACAGUGGGAGCGAGAGAAUAGCAGCGAGCAGAAUGUUAUUCCUGUGCUGACCAAGAUUUCAGACCUCAUUGAGAAAGAGACUGAGGAAUACCAUAAGGCUGACCCUGACCCCUUUGAUGAUAGGCACCCAGGUCGAGCGGAUCCAGAAUGUAGGUUGGGGCAUUUGUUAAAAAUACUCUUCAAAAAUGAUGACUUUAUGAAUUCGCUGGUGAAUACUUACGUAAUGACUAGUAGAGACCCUGUAGUCAACACUUCAGCAUGCAGACUUCUCUUGGACAUUAUGCCUGGAUUAGAAACUGCUGUUGUUUUUCAAGAGAAGGAGGGGAUUGUAGAAAACUUAUUCAAGUGGGCAAAAGAAUCUGAUCAGCCACUGAGAACGUAUGCUACAGGUCUGCUUGCUGGAGCCAUGGAAAACCAAGAUAUUGCAGCCAAUUACCGGGAAGAAAAUUCACAGAUGGUACCAGUGAUGCUACAGCGUUUACGAGACUUACAACUGCAAGAACUGGAAAAUAACCAGAAGACAAAAUGGCAGAGCCCAUGGAGGCCACACUUUACAGCCUUGCUUCCAAUGGAUGAGGAAGCUGUGGACAUGGACUAUGGUGAUACCUUGAAAGCUGAGGAUGUGGGGGACUGUGCCAACAAUCUCUCCUUUCAGUUAAAUUCGUCACACAAAACCAGUAACAGGAUUAAUUCCUCCAUCAAGACUAUGGAGAAUGAGGAAGGAAUGAAGGGGAAGGAUGGACAAAGGACAGAGAGAGAGAAUACAAAUAAAGCAGCCAAACAAAGACUCAGUUUUACAAACUUGGAAUCUGAACGAAUAUGUAAUGAGCAGUCAAAUAGCUGGUCAGAAAUGUCACCUUGGGUAAUUGGCACUAAUUAUAGCCUUUACCCUUUGACACCUGCCAUCGAGCAAAGAUUAAUUCUACAGUAUUUAACACCUCUGGGAGAAUAUCAAGAGUUGUUGGCUGUAUUUAUGCAGCUUGGUGCUCGUGAGCUGCUCAUGUACUACAUUGACUUGAAGCAAACUAACGAUGUUCAACUCACUUUUGAAGCGCUUAAGUACCUGGCUUCUUUGUUAUUACAUAAGAAGUUUGCUGCAGAAUUUGUGGCUCAUGAAGGUGCUCAAAAGUUGCUGGAGAUCCCCAGACCCUCCAUGGCUGCCACUGGUGUUUCCUUGUGUUUGUAUUAUCUAGCUUACAACCAGGAUGCAAUGGAACGGGUGUGCUUACUCCCACACUCCGUGUUGUCUGACGUUGUCAGUUACACUCUUUGGCUACUAGAGUGCUCCCAUGAGUCAGGCCGCUGUCAUGCCACGAUGUUCUUCUCAAUCUCAUUCGCUUUCCGCUCCAUACUGGAGCUCUUUGACAAGCAGGAUGGUCUUCGGCGGGUGGUUAAUUUGAUCAGCACGCUAGAAAUCUUAAACUUGGAAGAUCAGGGUGCUCUGCUUAGUGAUGAUGAAAUCUUUGCCAGCCGCCAGACAGCCAAGCACACGUGUAUGGCACUACGGAGGUACUUUGAAUCACAUUUGGGAAUUAAACUGGAGCACGUGAAGAGAUCCUUGCAGCGGACAGAAGGAGGCGCUAUUGUUCAUCCUCACCCACCGUGCAAGGCCUGCUCCUACACCCAUGAUCAAGUCAUGGAGAUGAUGGAAUUUCUGAUUGAGUAUGGUCCAGCAAGACUCUUCUGGGAGCCAGCGGAAGUCUUCCAUAAGCUCUCCUGCGUACAGCUUCUGUUGCAGCUUAUAUCCAUUGCUUGUGAGUGGAGGACUUACUAUGGCAGGAGUGACACUGUUCGUUCUGCUCUAGAUGUACUGGCUGUCCUCACUGUGGUUUCCAAAACUCAGCUUCUACUAGCAGAACCUGUAGGUGUGAUGGAUGAAGGGUCAACUCCUGUGACUGCUGUGGGGAUGAGUAUUAUCCUUGGAGUUGCUGAGGGGGAUAUCUUUGCAAAUGAUGCAGAGACACAGAAGUCUGCACUUCAAGUCAUCAUCAAUUGCGUUUGUGGGCCUGACAAACGUAUCUCCAGCAUCGGCAAAUUUAACUCCGGAACCCCUCGGCGCAAGAGUCUGCAGAACCCCAAGAGUUCAGAGAGUGUGCUGACCAAGAUGUGGGACAUGGUUCAGGCCAACAACGGCAUUAAGGUGCUGCUGUCCUUGCUGACCGUGAAGACACCCAUCACUGAUGCAGACCAGAUUCGAACCUUGGCUUGCAAAGCCUUGGUGGGCUUGUCGCGCAGCAGCUCUGUCAGGCAGAUCAUCAGUAAGCUGCCUCUCUUCACCAGUGGUCAGAUCCAGCAGCUGAUGCGGGAGCCCGUGCUUCAGGACAAGCGGCAUGAGCACGUCAAGUUCUGCAAGUAUGCGUCUGAGUUGAUUGAGCGAGUCUCAGGGAAGCCCCUGUCCAUUGGCUCGGAUGUCUCGCUGGCCCGGUUGCAGAAGGCAGAUGUUGUGGCCCAGACACGGAUCACCUUCUCCAAGAAGGAGCUGCUGCUGCUCAUCCGCAACCACCUUGUGUCCCACGGGCUCAACGACACUGCCUCAGCACUCACCAAGGAGGCAGACCUUCCGAGGACACCAGCCAUCCAGGCUGCACCACCUCACGCCUCGGCUUUCACACCGGUUGCCACCGGUAGUUCCCCAGUCGCUUUGCCCAGGACUCUAAGACUGGCCAGCAGUAUUGCCCCUCGAGCCAUCAGCCUGAAUGCGUUUUCAACGCCCUGCCCAUCAAAGGCAGCGGCUUCUCAAGCACCCCCCUCCGUACCUGGGCCGUCCUGCCCUAACGGCUCACCGAUAAUCGGCAAGAUAAGCUUCUGCAAGGAGAAGCCAUCUCCCAGCAACAACACCACCAGCCUGAAGAAGCAGAGACUGAUUCGUCAGAAGUCAGACUAUGGUGCUUACAACCAGACUCCAGCUAUCAAAAAGCAGCUGGACCGCCACUUACCAUCACCACCGUCUUUGGAUAGCAUCAUAACAGAAUACCUACGGGAGCAACAUGCCCGCUGCAAGAAUCCUGUCGUUACAUGUCCCCCCUUUUCCCUCUUCACCCCCCACCAAUGCCCAGAGCCAAAACAAAGACGUCAGGCACCACUAAAUUUCACGUCCCGAGUGACGCACAGAGCUGCCUUUCCAAAGUAUGGUGGAGUGGAUGGUGGUUGCUUUGAUCGACAUCUCAUUUUCAGCAGGUUUCGACCCAUUUCUGUGUUCAGAGAAUCUGACGAAGAAGGCAGUGGUUUUACGUGCUGUGCAUUUUCUGCCCGAGAGCGCUUCUUAAUGCUCGGCACUUGUACUGGAGAACUCAAGCUCUAUAAUUUGUUCACUGGCCAAGAGGAAGCCACAUACGCCUGUCAUAACUCUGCCAUUACACACCUAGAGCCGUCCAAGGAUGGGUCUUUGUUGUUGACUUCAGCAAGCUGGAGUCAGCCUCUCUCUGCUCUCUGGGGAAUGAAGUCUGUCUUCGAUAUGAAGCACUCUUUCACAGAUGAUCACUAUGUAGAGUUCAGUAAACUCUCUCAGGACAGGGUGAUUGGAACAAAGGAAGAAGUGGCGCAUAUCUACGAUAUCCAAACUGGACAGAACAUUCUCACUCUCUACAAUCCAGAUCUAGCUAACAACUACAAGCGGAACUGUGCAACCUUUAAUCCCACAGAUGACUUGGUGUUAAAUGAUGGAGUGUUGUGGGACGUACGUUCAACACAGGCGAUUCACAAGUUUGACAAGUUCAACAUGAAUAUUAGUGGAGUAUUCCAUCCAAAUGGACUAGAAGUCAUCAUCAAUACGGAGAUUUGGGACCUACGGACAUUCCACCUCUUGCAUAUGGUACCGGCGUUAGAUCAAUGUCGCAUUGUCUUCAACAACACAGGCACAGUCAUCUAUGGAGCUAUGCUGCAGGCAGAUGAUGAAGAUGAUUUCUUAGAAGUGAGAAUGAAAAGUCCCUUUGGAUCAUCUUUCAGGACCUUUGAUGCAACAGAUUACAAACCAAUAGCAACACUUGACGUGAAGAGGAAUAUUUUCGAUUUGUGCACAGACACAAAGGACUGCUAUCUGGCAGUGAUUGAGAAUCAAGGCAGCAACAUGGAUGCCCUGUCAAUGGACACUGUCUGCAGGCUGUAUGAGGUGGGCCGUCAGCGGUUGGCUGAGGAAGAAGACGAAGAAGAAGAUCAGGAGGAAGAGGAGGAGGAGGAGGAGGACGAUGAUGACGACGACGAUGAUGACGAUGACUCUGAAGAUGAUCUGGAUGACUUGGAUACUGACCCAUUGCUGGAGGGCGAGGAUGAAAACAAUGGGAGUGAGGCAAAUGCGGCUGAGGAUGGUGAGCAGGACUUCACGCCGUCUGACGAGGAGGAGCUAGAAGCCCUGCUGGGUAAUGGCGAAGAUGAUGCUGGGGAGGACGACGAGGAUGAUGAGUGGGAGGACAUUCUUGAAGAUUCAGAUAGCACGGAUAACUCUGACCUGGAAGAUGAUGUCAUCCUGUCCCUAAAUGAAUGAAUGUUCCACGUGAAUUGGUGGACCCAACAAGAGUUGAGGUGCCAGGUGCAAGGCACAUCCCUCCCUAGGGAAAGCAAAGCAAGAGUAAUGAACGUUUUUUUCAGGGUCCAUGAGUUCAGUCCUGAAAUAUUCACACGCAGAGAGGGAAACAGAGCUGGAACAAAACUAAUUAUCAAAGUAGUGGUACCUUUCCCGUCGAAUUGUGUGAAUCUGAAGAGAGUCUUCAGCUCCUGCAGGCUGUGAGCUGUGGAAGAAUCGUGCCUCAGAGGUAGAGAAGUUGUGCAUGGUGUGGCCAUCACAGCUUCAGGAUACGGAGACACAGUGCAUUUAAAGCAGAGAACUUUUUUUUCAUGAAUUUUCUAGGGGACAUUUGUUUGUGUGUGUGUGAGAGUGUGUAAAUAUAAAUAUAUAUAAAAGAAAAGAGCCAUAUAUUGAGGAUGGUCAUAAUGAAGAAUUGGGCUGUAAUUUUCCAUUUGUAAUGUCAGAGAGUAAAGCUUUGAAACCGAGCUCACUGCAUCCUGCUAAUGCUCGUCUUUUAACAUUAAGGGCACUCUCAAUCAGUGUUACAGAAAAUAGUUUGUGCUUUCGUUGCCAUGGUGUCUUGGGUGUAAUAAGUGUUGGUAAAUUCGUCACGAUCUUGAGACACAAGAUGAACAGAUAUGCCAAUAAGUGAUCAGUUUUAAUUGAAAUUCCAAGUGACUAAUGUGAAUAGCAGUUGUGGCCCUGUGUUUCCCUUGUAUCUGGCACAUCUCCUCCAUAUCCGACCUGCAUUGACAAUCAAGGUACACAUCGUGGAUUUCUUUUUGUUUUAACUUGUCUUUACCGUCACCAGCACCAGCCAAAACUUCUUUCAACAGAGCCAGAAGAGAGGAGAAAAAGAAAAUGAGCUGCCUCAUCACAACUGAGUAAAGGCUGAUCGGGUUUCAUGGAUUGCAUUAUUGGACACAAAGCAUGCAGCUUUCUGCUUGGGAUUUCAGAAUGACUACUGAAUUCUGAGUGCAGAGCACAAUUCUCCUGACAGUUGUGAAUGGGUGCUAACUGGACAUUUUUUUUUAAAAUGCCUUUGAGAGUUUGCACAAAUAAAGUGCACAGUACAAUGUGUGAUGCCAUGUAUGCACACUGUUCCCAGGUAUGUACAUGCAAACAUAUAUGCAGACAAGCAUAGACACAUUCACAAAUUCUGUUUGCUCCUUGUUCGUCGUUAAGUUCACUGAUUGUAUUGCCUUGCAAAGUUAAGGAAAAAUACUGACCUGUGGAAUGACGACAGUUAAACAUCACAACUAGCCAGUGACACCAGCACCACAGUGAUGGGGAUCCUGUACUCCUCUUGCACAGUGAUGGGAACUCCCUCUAUCUUCAACCAGUCUGCAAAGCAAGAGACAUUAUGUGUCCCACUCUCAGUGCAUUUAACUUGGCUGUUCUGAUGAAGAUGAUAGUUCCUUCCAAGCACGGAAGGAACUCCUUUAAUGCUUCAUUAAUUACUUUCUUUCAUCAUCUACUAUUUCCUAGUUUGUCAUCGUUUUCUUUUCUAACAGUACCAGCUAAUUCUCCAGUGGCAGGACCUGCAUUUCUAUCACUGGUAAAGUAAAAGUAUUUUCAUCACCUGAGGUGAAAGAUUCCUUGUAGUACUCAAAUAGACCAGGUUAGUCAGUGCUUGGGCAGUGUUCCUGUGGAUGAUGACCCACCUUAGUGUAUAUCUGAGUGAACAAAUCAUUCAUUGUUUACAGGUGAUGGUUUGGACUUGACUCAGAUUAUACUUUAAUCAGAAUUUUAGUGUAUUUGGUUCUAAGAUUAUAUUGGUUCAAAGAUGUCUCUGUUGUCUGCCCUGAUUGCUCUUUGAUGCACAUCUCAUUUUCUUCAAGAGUUCCUCUCCCCCCCCUCCCCCCGCCCCCCACUGGCUGCCUUCGGGAGAGAUGCUGGUCAGUUAUAGCAACUGAGCAACCAAGCCCCUGAUAUCGCAACUGAAAGAUGGUAAAUUUUAGAUUCCUUUCCUCUACAUCUCCCUCCAAUCCCUUUUUGAGGUUUCCCUUUAUUUGCUCAACUGAAGUAGACCCAAAAAGAGGCCUUACUCUUAACUUUUCCAAGCAGAAUAAUUAUAAUCUACUGAUGUCUUGAUUGGUGUAGCAGCAGCAUUAUAUACAAGUAUCUUGGAGUGGUGUAGAGUAUUACUUCCUCUUCAAACUUGUCCUUUGAUAUUCAUCUCCAAGUAUUAAUGUGCUUGAGCAAGUGACUGGAUAAAAUGUUUUAGCAUUUGUCCCUUGAAUAAUGGAAGAAGUUGUGUGUCGUUGACAGAAAUGAGAUUUGGGUGGAUAACACUCAGCUUUUAACUUCUAUCAAUGUUGGCCAGCAUAAGAAACUUUUGAAUCGCAUGGGAAAUUUUUUCAUGAGUUGCCUUUUUUCUGUGAUGCAGCAAGGUUCAGUAAUUCUGCUCAGUGCCCAUUGGAUGGUUAAUGAAAGAAAUGUCUUACCAAUGCAGCUGGAGAGGUAUCUGCGUACAUUGUUCCAAAGAGCCUUGGACUGAUUACGUAAUUUUAAUGUAUUUAAAUCACAUUUACUUUCACAGAAUCUAAAUGCCCCAGUAACCUUUAACAAGCCUAUAGGGUGAUAUUCAAAUGCAAUAAGCCAGUCAAUGAAAAAGAAAGGACUUCUUGAACUGGUAUGUCUGGCCUUCAAGGGCCAAGCUCUGUGGCUAGAGAGAAGAGUAUGCAAUGUUUUUAAUAUACCAAACUCAUACUAUCCCAGCCUGAGCGUAUUGGGAGAUUACAGAAGGAUGUUUACUAUCUAAUGCAGGAUAUUGCUUCUCAGUAUUUAUUCUGUAUUGUAUACUAACUGAGCAGUAUUGAUGCUGAGUAUUAAAUUCUUGGUGGAGGGGAAAAGGAAGUGUUGUCAUCCAUUUCACCAACCUAAAACUCUCCGGGGUAAGCAAUUGCCCAAAAAAUAGCCUCAAGACCAGAGUAGAUGAGGUCACAAAUGUAAUUUUUGAAUGAGAAGCUCAUACCCUGAGUUGAACCAGCCUUGUUAUUAUAUCCAUGCUGCUGUGAACAGUAGCAGAAGUAGAGUGGGUCAAAUCUCAUUAAUGCACUGUCAUUGUCUGUGGGUUUGCAGGAGUGAGGAGUGUGAUACACCAUGAGAAUGAUACUGGGUAGAUGGAAUUAAUUCUCCCUCCUUGCUACAGCUUUGGGCUUUUGACCCAAUGAUUGUAGAACAAGGUUCUGCCACAAAGUGGUGCUGGAAUACAAAUACUGGUUGCUUGCAGCAGUAGCAAGGCAAGUGAUGUCUUUGUUUCAAAAGAAACAAUCUAAUUAUUUUCCUUUUUUUCCCAAUCUAGUUGAGUAGGACAGGGUCUCCACUUAGCCCUGACGUGGGCUGUUAGUGGCAGUGCACAUGUCACGGAAGACUGUCUCUUGGGGUGGGGAGGGGAAAAUAUAUGAAGCAAAACAUUGAAAGCUCAUUAGCAGGAAAAAAAAACAAACAAGAACCAGGUCUUAUUUCAUGCGUUUACCUAAGAGGUGCAUCAAUAUUUUUGUGCAUUUUCCUGUAAUUUACAAACGUGUGAUACAAAGCACAAACUGUAAAAAGAUUAGGCCUUGUACAGAAUUCAGCUGAAAUAUUUUUAUUACUGAAAAUGAAACAAAAUAAAGAUUAAGAAUU